UCGAGGCCUUUAUCGGAUUCGGAGCCACAUUCUGCACAGAAUCCGGAAUCUCCCUUCUCCGGCUCCGGUUGACGGGAACGGGCAGAGUUGGGCGAGACGUGGUUGGGGAUUUGAUCUCCGGAGUUCUUGAUAGAGAGGGAGCAUGGAGCCCAAGUGGCGAAGCGGACGGCUGUGGUCGGCGGUGCUGGUCGCGGUAGCUGCGGCCGCGGCGGUGGCGGCGGACCGUGGACUGAGGCCUGAGGCGGUGGCAGCUGAAGCUGUUGAAGCGGAGGAGGUCGGGCUGUCCGAUUACCUGCUGAAGGUGGUGGAUUUCCUGUGGCAGUCGGAUGGAUCCUCCUACCAACACGUUUGGCCGGACAUGAAAUUUGGGUGGGAAAUCGUCGUCGGAUCCAUCAUCGGGUUCUUGGGGUCAGCUUUCGGGAGCGUCGGUGGUGUCGGCGGGGGUGGGAUUUAUGUUCCCAUGCUGACGCUGAUCAUUGGUUUCGACGCCAAGUCCUCCACUGCUAUAUCCAAAUGUAUGAUCAUGGGUGCGGCAGGAUCCACGGUUUGGUACAACAUGAAGAUGAGGCAUCCGACCCUGGACAUGCCCAUCAUCGACUACGAUCUGGCUUUGCUUUUCCAGCCAAUGCUCAUGCUGGGGAUCAGCAUCGGAGUCAUCUUCAACGUCGUCUUCGCCGAUUGGAUGGUCACCAUUCUUCUCAUCAUCCUCUUCAUAGGUACGUCAACCAAGGCGUUCUUGAAGGGUGUUGAGACAUGGAAGAAGGAGACCAUAAUGAAGAAGGAGGCGGCGAUGCUCAAAGAAUCGAAUGGAAGGGAAGAAGUAGAAUACAGCGCUCUUCCUUCUGGCCCUGGGAGUACGAGUACAAAGGAGAAGGCAGCCCUACGACGAGAGGUCCCGGUCUUGGAGAAUGUCUACUGGAAGGAGCUUGGCCUUCUUUGCUUCGUGUGGGUGUCUUUCCUCAUCCUGCAGGUUCUGAAGCAAAACUACACAUCGACCUGUACUACGUGGUAUUGGAUUCUGAACUUUCUUCAGAUCCCGGUAUCACUGGGAGUGUCAGGAUAUGAAGCAGUUAGCUUGUACAGAGGAAAGAGAGUAAUCUCAUCAAAGGGAGACGAAGGAACAAAUUUCACAGUUCUUCAGCUCGUUUUCUACUGCUCAAUUGGUGUCCUUGCUGGUGUUGUUGGUGGAUUGCUUGGCCUCGGUGGAGGUUUCAUUUUGGGCCCUGUUUUCUUGGAGCUUGGCGUUCCUCCCCAGGUCUCGAGUGCCACUGCAACUUUCGCGAUGACAUUCUCUUCAUCCAUGUCCGUGGUGGAGUAUUACCUUUUGAAGCGAUUCCCCAUCCCAUAUGCACUGUAUUUUAUUGCUGUGGCAUUAGUUGCUGCCUUCGUAGGCCAGUAUGUGGUCAAGAAGCUGAUUGAUAUACUGGGAAGAGCUUCUCUCAUCAUCUUCAUUCUUGCUUUCACAAUCUUUGUCAGUGCUGUCUCUCUGGGUGGAGUUGGCAUUUCGAACAUGGUUCAAAAGAUCCAGCACCACGGCUACAUGGGAUUCGAGAAUCUCUGCAAAUAUGAGGUGUAGUAUCAAAAGUGAACAUGGAGAUAGUUUGUUGGCAAUCAGUGGAAUCUUUUUCCAUCACCCUAUGGGCAGAAGAACCUCAGUGACUGUGCAUUCAAUAAAUCUCUCGGAAAAUACACUUUGUACCAUGUUUUCGAAAGUCCUCUUAGUCGGACUCUAUGCAGCAGGUCUCGGUUUUAUCUUAAGCAACAAUAUGUAGUUUGUGAUCGUCUUUUCCGCGGUAACCUAAUUUGUAAUGAUAUUUUUGCAUGUUAUUGAAUUCACCAUUUUGUCUUUGUUGUCAUCA